AUGAUUGAGAGAGGAUAAACAGUUUACACAAACUUCUAUUAGAUUUAGAUCAACCCCAAUAGCCAUAUCUAUAGAUAUCAAGUAAUAUAUACAUCUCUAUUCUCUCUUUUAUAGUUAUCAUUUUAACCAUUCUUAUCUCCAGAAUAACAAAUAUCUAAAUGGAGAGAAAUAUUCAAGAUUGCUAAGUCAGGUCUUCAAGAGAACCUAAAAGUCUUCAUUACCAAUAACUAAAUCCUCUAUUCCCCAAUUAGAGCUUAAACCAUGGGACUACUCCUUGGAGUAUAUGAAGAAGAAGGAACUAGUCAUUCAAUUUCUAUUGAAGAGAAGGCUGUUUUAAAACCAGGAGAACCUGAAUAUACAGGGUUAAUAGGAAGAUUCUUUAAAAUGUUAUUAAAACAAUAAAAAUUGUUAUAAAUUGGUAGAAAGUACUUUAACACCAAAAAUUUAAUUAAUUUUGAUUAAUUUGGAUUAAAAGUAUAUAUUUAAUUUAAUUAUCUUAAGGUUUUACCUGGAGUGACAUGUAGUUUAAUAAAAUAGGAAGAAUAAGGAAAAUAUUACAUUAAUAUAGACUCUUCAUUUAAAAUGUUAAGAAGCACUACUAUGUAUGAGGAAUUAAGAAACUCAAGAGAUUUUUCUUAAUUGGAAGGAGCCAUAGUGAUGACAGUCUAUAAUUAUAAAUUCUAUAAAGUGAAUAAAGUAAGUAGGGAAAUGAAUCCAAAAAGUGAAUUUGAAAAUUUGAAAGGAGAAAAGAUGAGUUACAUGCAAUAUUAUUAAGAUAAGUAAGAAUAGAAUAAUAACACAUAAAAGAUACAAGAUUGCCAUAAAAGACGUAACUUAACCAUUGAUAGAAGUCUUAGAGAAAUCUAGAAAGAAACAAGAAGAGAAGAUUAUCUAUUUAAUACCAGAAUUAUGUGUAAUGACAGGAUUAUCUAAUGAAAUGAGAAAUAAUUUCUAAACAAUGAAAUAAUUAUCCACUGUUACUAAACCUAGAGGAGUAGAUAGAGUGAAAUAAGCAGAUCAAUUUAUUUAGUGUUUUCAUAAUAAAGAGAGUGAAGAAUUAAUAAAGAAAUGGAAUAUUUAAUUAGAACCAAAAUGUUUAUAGAUUUAAAGUUCUAAAAUCAAACCAGGAAAUAUUAUGAUGGGCAAUAAUACAGCAAUAAAUAUAGAAACAGGUAAUUUAGAUAGAGAUACUCAGACAGCUAUGUUAAGAGGAGUAGGUUUAGAAAAUUGGGGAAUCUUAUAUAGUGAUAGAGAUAGUAGAUAAGCUGAAGAUUUUAUGAAUUGUUUGAGAGAGAGUAUUGAAUAUUGUAAAUUUUAAUGCAAAGCUCCUCGUACUUUUGUACUUCAUUCAAAUAGAAUUGAAGAUUGGAUUAAAUAAAUAGAUUUAAUUGUAUAAUAAUCAUAAGGACCAUAAAAAGUAACCUUGUUAUUAUUAAUAUUAAAUGGUCCAAAGAAGAAUGCUCCACUUUAUACAGAUAUCAAAAGAUAUUUAAUUAAUGAUUGUCCAAUAGCUUCAUAAGUUAUAUUGAGUUCCACUUUAAAUUAACCUAAAGGAAAAGUUAAAACUAUUUGUAAUAAAUUAUUGGUUCAAAUUUGUGCUAAAGUUGGAGGAACACCUUGGGGAGUAUCAGAAUUACCAUUUACUGAUUAACCAACUAUGAUUUGUGGAAUGGAUGUAUAUCAUUCUACUGGAAAAGCAAAAAAAUCUAUGUUAUCAUUUGUAUCAACAGAAGAUGAAUUCUUUAGUAAAUAUAUGACUUAAUCAAUUGAAAUGGAAACUGGAGUAGAAUUUUCAUUCAGUUUAUGUCCAGUAUUAGUCAAAUCUUUGCAAUCUUUUUGUGGAGAUAGGAAUGGUCCUUUACCAUCUCGAAUCAUUAUAUUUAGAGAUGGUGUUUCUAAUUCUUAAGCAAAAACUGUUAUUGAAACAGAAGUAGCAUAAUUUAGAUAAGCAAUUGAAUAAGUUAAAACAGAAAAGAAUUCUGACAAACCAAUCAAAUUGAUAGUAUUAUCAGUCAAUAAAAAAGUAGGAGCUAAAUUUUAUGCAGGAGAGAGGUAAUUAUUAUUUUUAUUAUCAUUAAUAUAGAAACUUAGAUAAUCCUCCUUAGGGUACAUUGAUAGAUACUGAAAUUAGCAAUGGAAAAGAUGAUUAUUAUUUGAUAUCUCAAAGAACAACUUAAGGAACUGUGUAGCCUACUCAUUAUCAUGUUUUAGUGAAUGAUUUAUUUGAUGAACCUAAUAUCCUUAAGAAAUUGUAGGCUUUGUCUUAUAAAUUGUGCUACAUGUAUUACAAUUUCAGUGGAGCCAUUAAAGUAAUUGUUNUUAGUGUUUUCAUAAUAAAGAGAGUGAAGAAUUGAUUAAGAAAUGGAAUAUUUAAUUAGAACCAAAAUGUUUAUAGAUUUAAAGUUCUAAAAUCAAACCAGGAAAUAUUAUGAUGGGCAAUAAUACAGCUAUAAAUAUAGAAACAGGUAAUUUAGAUCGAGAUACUCAGACAGCUAUGUUAAGAGGAGUAGGUUUAGAGAAUUGGGGAAUUUUAUAUAGUGAUAGAGAUAGUAGAUAAGCUGAAGAUUUUAUGAGUUGUUUGAGAGAGAGUAUUGAAUAUUGUAAAUUUUAAUGCAAAGCUCCUCGUACUUUUGUACUUCAUUCAAAUAGAAUUGAAGAUUGGAUUAAAUAAAUAGAUUUAAUUGUAUAAUAAUCAUAAGGACCAUAAAAAGUAACCUUGUUAUUAUUAAUAUUAAAUGGUCCAAAGAAGAAUGCUCCACUUUAUACAGAUAUCAAAAGAUAUUUAAUUAAUGAUUGUCCAAUAGCUUCAUAAGUUAUAUUGAGUUCCACUUUAAAUUAACCUAAAGGAAAAGUUAAAACUAUUUGUAAUAAAUUAUUGGUUCAAAUUUGUGCUAAAGUUGGAGGAACACCUUGGGGAGUAUCAGAAUUACCAUUUACUGAUUAACCAACUAUGAUUUGUGGAAUGGAUGUAUAUCAUUCUACUGGAAAAGCAAAAAAAUCUAUGUUAUCAUUUGUAUCAACAGAAGAUGAAUUCUUUAGUAAAUAUAUGACUUAAUCAAUUGAAAUGGAAACUGGAGUAGAAUUUUCAUUCAGUUUAUGUCCAGUAUUAGUCAAAUCUUUGCAAUCUUUUUGUGGAGAUAGGAAUGGUCCUUUACCAUCUCGAAUCAUUAUAUUUAGAGAUGGUGUUUCUAAUUCUUAAGCAAAAACAGUUAUUGAAACAGAAGUAGCAUAAUUUAGAUAAGCAAUUGAAUAAGUCAAAACAGAAAAGAAUUCUGACAAACCUAUUAAAUUAAUAGUAUUAUCAGUCAAUAAAAAAGUAGGAGCUAAAUUUUAUGCAGGAGAGAGGUAAUAAUUAUUUUCAUUAAUAUUACAUUAGAAACUUAGACAAUCCACCUUAAGGUACUUUGAUAGACACUGAGAUUAGUAAUGGGAAAGAUGAUUAUUAUUUGAUUUCACAAAGAACAACUUAAGGAACAGUGUAGCCUACUCAUUAUCAUGUCUUAGUAAAUGAUCUAUUUGAUGAACCUAAUAUCCUUAAGAAAUUGUAGGCCUUGUCUUAUAAAUUGUGCUAUAUGUAUUAUAAUUUCAGUGGAGCCAUUAAAGUAAUUGUUAUAGUUUUAGUAGAUACCUGCACCUAUCCAAUAUGCCCAUGUUUGUUCUAAUUUUAUAGGAGAUAGAUUCGAUCCCAGAAAACCAUAAUCCUUGAUUAAGCCAAACCCAAUAUUGAAUUAGAGAAGAUCACUCUUCUUCAUAUGA